AUGGAAAACAAGCAAACCAAGAAAGAGGCGGAUAGUCAACCAACUGAAAGUAAUUCAAACGGUGGAAUGGCAGCUGGCAGCAACCACCAGGAAGGCGCAGGCUGGGCAGGCAAUGCGGGCUGCAGGAGCUGCAGAAUGCGUCUGCUUUGUAUCCUGUCUGUUUUGUGUUUAUCGGGAGGGAGGAUCCGCAGCAAAGUGAGGCAAAUGGUAGCUCAAAAUCGCGAGAGGAGAGCGAGAACGGGCAUGCAAGGAUUGAGAUUAGAAGGGAGGCUGUUGGAGGAGAUGAAUGAGGCCAGCAGGAUGAAGCGGGGUGAGAUGGUGAGUUGGGAGCAGUCAAGAUGGGAAAACCAGCUAGCGGAGGUUGAGAACGAGGAGGAGAUGAAGAAUAAGAUGAUGAUGAUGAUGAUGAUGAUGAUGAAGAAGAAGAUGAAAAUGAAGAAGAAGAAGAAGAAGGAGAUGAUGAUGAUGAUGACUGACGAUGACUGA